CUGCGGCGAGUCCAUCCAUGGAUCCGUCCGACGCCGCGCGGCGCUCCGCUGAGCGAUGGAUGGGCGUGGCCGAGAAGUUGCUCAUGGCGCGGGACGUCGAGGGCUGCAAGCAGUUCGUCUCCCAGGCCCUCGACGACGACCCACGCGCCACCGGCGCCGACGACCUGCUUGCCGCCGCCGACGCCCUCCUCGCCGCCCAGCGCCGCCGCCUCCCCUCCGGGAUCCCCGACCCCUACGCCGUUCUUGGCCUCGACUCCGCGCUCCCCGCCUCCCGCGACCCAGACGUCGUCCACACACACUACCGCCGCCUCUCCUUCCUGCUGAAUCGAUCCCACCCCGACCGCCCCUGCUCUCUCGCCUUCGCCGACGCCGCCCGCCUCGUCGCCGACGCCUGGGCCUUUCUCUCGGACCCUCUCCGCAAAGCCUCCCUCGACUCCGACCUCGCUGCCGCUGUAGCCGCCAAGGCCGCAGCAGCUCGCGCACCCACUCCCUCUCCCGAGAAACCGCAGCCGCGACCACCACCACCACCAUCUCCACGGCCAGCCUCGUCACCGCCUGCUCGCCAGCCACGGCAGGCGGCUACGGCUUCGCCGCCAGCAAAGCGCGGGCGUCCGCUGCGCGCCGCCAAACCGCAACAGCCGCCUGCGGAGCACCAGCAGGAGGCGGAGGCGCCGAAUGCGUCGCCGUUCUGGACGGCCUGCACGUCCUGCUGCCACGUGCACCAGUACGACCGCUCCUACGAGGCACGCACUGUGCUUUGCCCCAGCUGCCGGCGGCCGUUCUUAGCCUCGGCGAUGUCCACACCGCCACCUAUUGUGCCGGGCACCGACAUGUACUACUGCUCCUGGGGCUUCUUUCCCAUGGGGUUCCCGGGAGGCCCUGCCUUUGCUGGACCGGCAAAUUCUCCGAUGCAGCAGCCGCCCGCUUCUCUGGGAUUUUACCCGAUGGGGCCAUACUUGCCAUUGCCAGCUCAAGCUAGCGUCAAGGAAGGCAAUGUGGCUGCUCAAGCUGGCCCUGUGGAAGGCAAUGUAGCUGCUCAAGCUGGCGUUGUGGAAGGCAAUGUGGCUGCUCAAGCUGGCGUGUUGGAAGGCAAUGUGGCUGCUCAAGCUGGCGUUGUGGAAGGCAAUGUGGCUGGUGGUGUUGACAGUGAGGCUGCUGUCAGUGCCACUGAGACAGCGGCAGUGCCGGUGGCGCCAUUGCCAGCAAAGUCCACUCAUGUAAAGGUUGGGGCAAAGAAGCGAGGGCGGCCCAAAGGCAGCAAGAAUAAGAAUGUGGAUCAUCAGAUGGAUAAUUCCCUCGGCAAGAUGUACAUUAGAAAUGUCAACCUGUUCCUGUAUAUGAUAUCUGUCAUUGGUGGAAAAGACCUGGCAAUUGUGCUGGUGAGUGCCUACAACGAUGACAAUUUGCUGGAAUCAGUGGACCGCCUACAAGAGCAACUGUCUGGAAGCCUCUCUCUUCAUGCUGGAAAAUCUGGGACUAAUGAAGCCUGGUCCUUUAUCUCGGACACUCUCCGCAAAGCCUCCAUUGACUCCGACCUCGCUGCCGCAGUGCCACCAAAGCCGCAGCAGCUACUCCCUCUCCAGAGAAGCAGCAGCCGCAGCCACCACCAUCUCCACAGACAGCUACGGCUUCGCUGCCAGCAAAGCGCGGUCAUCCACCGCGCUCUGCCAAACCGCAACAGCCGCCUCCGGAGCACCAGCAGGAAGCGGAGGUGUCGUGCGCCAUCGUUCUGGACAGCCUGCACGUCCUGCUGCCACGUGCACCAGUACGACCGCUCCUACGAGGCGUGCACUGUGCUUUGCCCCAGCUGCCGGUGCCCUUUCUUCGCCUCGGCGAUGCCCACACCUCCACCUAUCGUGCCGGGCACCGACAUGUACUACUGCUCCUGGGGCUUCUUUCCCAUGGGGUUCCCGGGAGGCCCUACGUUUGCUGGACCGGCAAAUUCUCUGAUGCAGCAGCCACCCGCUUCUCUGGGAUUUUAUCCGAUGGGGCCAUACUUGCCAUUGUCAGCUCAAGCUGGCAUCGUGGAAGGCAAUGUGGCUGGUGGUGUUGGCAGUGAGGCUGCUGUCAGUGCCAAUGUGACUGCGGCAGUGCCGGUCCCAUUGCCAGCAAACUCCACUCAUGUAAAGGUUGGGGCAAGGAAGCGAGUGUGGCCCAAAGGCAGCAAGAAUAAGAAUAUGGUGAUUGAGAUCGAUUAG